GAGUUGAAUGCAAAACUACAAAUGUUUUGGAAAGUAUUUGAGUUGGUCAAUCGUUUCUACUAUUAUUUGUUCGACAGAUUUAUACUCUAUCCAUUGCUUUAUUGGAUGCGAGCGAAGUUUCAUAUUCACUUCCUGAAUCUCGGCUACUGUCCGCUUGACGAUGAGCGCAAACUUUGCGUUAUUGACCAACUACUAAAUGAUACCGAACAAAAAGAUGGUGGUGAUAUCACUGAGGCGGCUGAUAAUAACUUUAUCGAUAAACAAGCAUAUCGGGCUCAUAUUUAUCUGUAUGAGAUAACUUUGAGUGUAUGCCCGGAUUAUGAUAAAUUGUUUGGUGGUAAAUGCUUACUUGAGGUUGGAUGUGGUCACGGUGGUGGUAUUGAAUGGAUUCUGAGGGCACAUCCUGAACUGCAGCAAGUUACUGGCGUAGACCAGGUCGUCGUCAACCAUUUGGAUGGCAAAAUCUUAGAAGGGAAUGCCGAACGACUACCGUUCGAAGAUAACAAAUUUGAUAUAAUUUUAAAUGUUGAAAGCAGUCAUCUGUACAAGAAUGAGAGUGCAUUUUAUCGUGAGUGCAUACGCGUCCUUCAUCCAGGUGGAUAUCUUUGCUGGAGUGAUAUUCGUUAUCCUCAUAAGUUAGAGGAAACGUUACGCGAAACGGAACGUGCUGGAUUAAGAUUGAUAACGAUGAACGAUAUCACUUUACAAGUGAUUAAUGGUAUCCAUGCAACAGCUAAACGUUACGAUCAAAUGAUUAUGAACCAUGCACCACUCAUUUUACGCUUCCUCUUAAAUCGUUCUCUACGUGCCACCUAUUGUGCACCACAAACGGAGCCAUACGAACGUCUGAUUAGACGUCAAAAGGUUUACGUUUGCGCUUGCUGGCUGAAUUCAAAAGACUCUUGA